AUGAGGUUGCCCUUACUGGCAGCGAGUCUGCUGCUUCUGCAGGCCUCCAGCGCCCACGCCGCUGGCAUCGAUACACAUCGUGCCGUUCCAGAUUUACAGAAUACCGACAAUAAUGAUAAUGACGCGAGCAAACGGCUCUUCCCUUUUCUUUCUAAACUUCGCGACAAGGCUAUCGAGACCGUCUUCGGACGUCAUCCGAGUAAAAACACCCCGCCGCCCAUCAUCAAUCAACUACGUGCGCAAUACCUCAAUCAGUUGGUCCUCCGCUUCAACGUCACUACCUCGCACGAGGAGGGAGCGCUUGCCGAUGCCGCCGCUCGACUAUUUCUCGAUGUCUGGGCUUUUACCGAUGAUUAUGUCGACAUCCGCCUACACGCUGACGAGGUUCGACCUCUGCUGAGCUUGCUUCCCAAGACACUACACGCAUCGCACUCGAUUCUGAUUCCAGAUUUGGCCGCCGCAGUCUAUAAAUCACUGCCUAUCGGAGGAAACCCAGCUUAUUACGAUGCUAAGCCCGCGCCUCCGGUCCUGAAAGUCGCUUCUUCGCCUGGAGAUAACCUCUUUUUCCAGGAUUACCAGUCUCUGCCGGUCGUGAUGAGAUGGAUGCGCCUCCUUGAGGCUAUGUUUCCAUCCUACGUCAAGUAUAUUAACAUCGGCAAGUCGUACGAAGGCCGCGAUAUUCCCGCCCUUCGAGUGGGGAUUCCGAACACAGCACCGGAUGCGCCGAGGCGCAAAACAAUCAUGAUCAUGGGCGGCUCUCAUGCUCGCGAAUGGAUCUCAACGAGCACUGUCAACUAUCUGGCGUGGUCCUUCAUCACUAGCUACGGCAAAGAACGGAUGAUCACAAAGCUAUUGGACGAGUUCGACUUGGUCUUCCUACCAAUCGCGAACCCUGAUGGUUUCGAGUAUACCUGGCAUAUCGAUCGGCUCUGGCGCAAAACACGACAACAGACUAACCUACAGUUUUGCCGUGGACUAGACCUGGACCGAGCUUACGGGUACGAGUGGGAUGGCUCACAGGUUCAACGGGACCCAUGCUCUGAGAGUUAUGGGGGAGAGAAGCCUUUUCAGGCCGUUGAAGCGGUGCACAUUGCCGAUUGGGCGCGGAACCAAACCUGGAACAACAAUGUUCGAUUUGUCGGCUUGAUUGAUUUACAUUCAUACUCUCAGCAAAUUCUGUAUCCUUACUCUUAUACUUGCUCCGUCGACCCUCCCAAUCUGGAGAAUUUGGAAGAGCUUGCCGCAGGUAUUGCAAAGUCUAUCCGUCUAUCAAAUGGAGAGUCGUACACUGUUGCAUCAGCAUGUGAGGGUGCGGUCUCGGCUCGUGAAUUCAGCGGUGGUCGUUACUGGUCUCGCAUCGAAUCUGGCGGUGGGUCGGCCGUCGACUGGUUCUAUCACGAAAUGCGAGCUCACUACAGCUACCAGCUCAAGCUUCGAGAUACCGGCAGCUACGGCUUUCUGCUUCCCAAAGAACACAUUGUUCCAACAGGAGAAGAGAUAUUCAAUGCGAUGAAGUAUUACGGAGACUAUCUCUUGGGUAACAAUGGCAUCGAGUCCGUUACUGAGGCUGAAGAGGAUGACAAGGUGGAGAUGCAUGAAAAUCAGCCAGUCCAAGAUUCUGAGCAAAACCCAACCGUUGGACAGGAGUUAAGGAGGAGAAGGCUUCGAAGGUGA